AUGUCCAGGGCAGAGGAGGUGUGCACAGUGGCUGAGCAGCAGGGGGAGCCUGCGGCAGCCUGCUCCGGGGGUCCUGCCGAAGACACCGAAGCAAAGAGCAAAGUGAGCCGCUCCUCACGGGCUGGCCUGCUCUUCUCUGUGAGCCGCAUAGACAGACUGCUGCGCAGAGGUCGCUUUGCCAAGCGCAUUGGAGCCGCAGCCCCCAUCUAUCUGGCGGCGGCGCUGCAGUGUGUGACGCAGCACACCAUGGAGGUGGCCGGGAAGAUUUCCAAGGAGAGGAAGAAGCAGCGCAUUUCUCCGCGGCACUUGCAGCUGGCUGUGCAAAGAAACCCUGAGCUCAAGCAGCUCCUGAGAGGUAUGCCCAGGCAUACUGUUCCCCACAGCCAGCCAACGGCCUCAUCUCGGAACAAGAAGAAGAGUGAGAAGAGGUGGUUCGGGCAAAAGGCUACAGCUGCCCGUGCCCCUGUUCCUGACAGCAAUAAGUGA